ACCUAAGAUGCCAGCUAUCGGUAUAGAUUUGGGAACAACUUAUUCUUGUGUGGGUGUGUGGCAACAUGGAAACGUAGAUAUUAUAGCGAAUGAUCAGGGUAACCGAACAACACCGUCAUAUGUUGCGUUUACAGACACGGAGCGCCUGGUAGGAGAUGCUGCUAAAAACCAGGUUGCCCUUAACCCUAGCAAUACAAUAUUCGACGCCAAACGUCUAAUAGGUAGAAAGUUUGAUGAUCCCAAGAUCCAGCAAGACCUCAAACACUGGCCUUUCAAAGUUAUAAACGAUGGAGGUAAGCCAAAAAUUCAGAUCAUGUAUAAAGGGAAAACCAAACGCUUUGCCCCUGAAGAGAUAAGCAGUAUGGUGCUGAUUAAAAUGAAAGAAAUAGCUGAAGCAUAUUUAGGAAUGUCUAUUACAAAUUCUGUUAUAACUGUGCCUGCAUAUUUUAAUGAUUCCCAACGGCAGGCUACGAAAGAUGCCGGAGCUAUCGCUGGUUUAAACGUUCUUCGUAUUAUCAAUGAACCUACAGCUGCUGCGCUGGCAUACGGUUUAGACAAAAAUUUAAAAGGAGAAAGGAAUGUAUUAAUAUUUGAUUUAGGAGGAGGUACUUUCGAUGUUUCGGUCCUAUCCAUUGAUGAGGGUUCGUUAUUUGAAGUUAAAGCAACUGCUGGAGAUACACAUCUUGGAGGAGAAGAUUUCGACAGUCGACUUGUAAAUUAUCUCGCUGGCGAAUUUAAAAGAAAGCAUGCAAAAGAUUUAAGUGCCAAUCCAAAAGCAUUGCGUCGUCUUAGAACUGCAGCAGAAAGGGCCAAGAGAACACUGUCUUCUAGCACUGAGGCUAACUUAGAGAUUGAUGCUUUAUAUGAAGGUAUCGAUUUCUUCUCACGAAUAUCUAGAGCACGAUUCGAAGAGCUAAAUAGUGAUCUCUUUCGUAUGACACUAGACCCUGUUGAGAAGGCUCUAAAAGAUGCAAAACUAGAUAAAAAUUCGAUAAACGACAUCGUUUUAGUCGGAGGUUCUACACGCAUCCCUAAAAUACAAAGUUUGCUGCAAAACUUUUUCAAUGGCAAGAAGCUCAAUUUGUCUAUCAAUCCCGACGAAGCUGUUGCAUAUGGGGCAGCAGUACAAGCAGCUAUAUUGAGCGGAGAACGCCAUUCCAAAAUAAAAGAUGUCUUACUUGUCGAUGUUACUCCUUUGUCUUUAGGAAUAGAAACCGCUGGUGGAGUUAUGACAAAUAUAGUAGAGCGAAACGCAAAGAUCCCUUGUAAGCACUCUCAGACUUUUACAACAUACUCUGACAACCAACUUGCGGUAACUAUUCAAGUGUAUGAAGGUGAAAGGGCCAUGACCAAGGACAAUAAUUUACUGGGAACUUUCGAUUUAACUGGCAUUCCGCCGGCACCACGCGGUGUCCCUCAGGUCGACGUAACGUUUGAUUUGGACGCCAACGGCAUACUUAAUGUGUCAGCUAAAGAAAACAGCACUGGUAAAAGCAAAAACAUCGUAAUAAAGAACGACAAAGGACGUCUUUCACAAGCCGAUAUAGACAAGAUGAUAGCUGACGCAGAUACAUACAAAGAUGAAGAUGAUAGACAAAGAAAUCGUUUGGCUGCUCGCAAUAGAUUGGAAACGUAUAUUUUCGGUGUCAAACAAGCUAUCAACGAAGCUGGGGGUAAAGUUGGAGAUUCUGAAAGUUCACGAGCUCGUAGUUUAUGUGACGAAACUCUGAAUUGGCUCGAAAUGAAUUCUUUGGCAGAACAAGUCGAGUAUGAGGAAAAGUUCAAAGAGGUGUCAGCAGUUUGCGUUCCUAUUAUGAGAAAGCUGCAUGGCGGUGGUAUGAAAACUAAUAGAAGCAAUAGCGGUGGUAAAGACGGGCCAGUGAUAGAGGAGGUUGAUUGAAUAUUAU